UAUCCCCAGCCCUAACACUUCGCCUUCCGAUCUACCUGCGCUCCACGGCGGAGGCAAGAACACCCACACUGAUCCUAGUAUCUUCGUCCACUUCGAGAAUGCACCUCUUUGUGAAGAGUCCCACUGGCACGAAGAUCUGCCUCAAGGUCAACAAAACAGAUACCCUCAGUACUGUGAAGGCAAAGAUUCAGGAACAACAUCGCCUUUUCUUUGAUGGAGUGCAGCUUGAGGACAACCUCACAUUGGCUGAUUAUGGCAUCGAGCAUCAAUCCACGCUUGACCUCCAAGAAAGUAUGCAAAUCUAUGUAAUGGACACGCUAGCGGGCAGGACCAUCAUUCUUGAGGUUGACAGCUUAGAUACCAUUGACAAGGUGAAGUCCAAGAUUCAAGACAACGAAGGCUUUCCCAAGGGGCAGCAGUGCCUAAUCUUUGCCAACAAACAGCUCAAGGAUGACGACACCUUGGCAGACCUCAAUAUUUGCAAGGAGUCCACCAUUCUCCUUGUCCUCCAACGGGCCAGUACAAGAGGUAGCAUGCUCAUCUUCGUGGCGACGCAGGCUCCAAAGAAAAUCCCUCUUAAGGUAGAGAGCUCAGAUACUAUCAAUAGUAUCUCAAUGAAGAUCUAUGAGGCGAAGGGUACUCGCCCAAUACAGCAACGGUUCUUCUUUGAUGGCAUGUCACUCGAGGGCCACCGCAAGGUGGCAGACUAUAACAUUGAGGAGGGAGAUGUGCUGGACAUGUUCAUCUGCCUAUGUGGUUGUUGAGAGGCAUACGCGUGGUUAUUAGACGAGUAAUGGUGUGCUAUCAGUAAUAUCAUUCGGUAUGUCAAUGCGUUUAUUACCUGUUGUUCUGAAAAACCUGUGAGACACUAUAUUAAGGGUCCCUAAGUCGAUCUGCCUUGGCAUUGUUUGAUUGAGAAAUAUAGUCAGCAGGGCCAUGCAGUGAAUUUCGAA